AUGAUGAGGGAUUUCAAAUUCUUGCGAUCGAAUUCGGGGAGAAAAGAAGAGGCGGAGAACGUGCCGGUGAACCCUAAGGACCUAACGACGGUGACUGGCCGGACGAGCUCGGAGUCGUCGAGAGCGCCGUUCAACCCGAUCCAAGACCCGGAUCAGAACCCUAAGCCGGAGCAGGAGUCUGGGAAUAUUCGGAGUAAGGUUGAGAAGACGCCAACUAAGGCUUCCAAGGCCAAAGCUUCCGAUCUCCGGACGCCGGAGAAGCACGGUGCUGCGGUUUCGGCUCGGAAGCGGUUCGGGUGGGCCCAGAGGAACGAUUCGGGGGAUUUUCAUGAGGAUGGGGGUAAUUGUUCGACUCAAGUGAGCAGGGGAGGAGGUGGUAAUGGAAUUGGGGGUUUGCCGAAUUUGACGCCUCGGACUGGCAGGACGGUUGGGAAAGGGGGUUCGAGUUUUUCGGAGAGUGGUUCGACUCAUACUACGCCGACUAAGAGUGUUUCGAAGCCUCCGAAUUCGGUGUUGUUUCGGAGUAAGGUGGAUGGGGGUGUUGGUGGUCGAGGUGGGAACUUUGCUGCAUUGUACAAAGGGAUUCCCAUUUCGAGUGGUCCUUGUACGACAGUGGUGAAUUCGGUUGAAGUACCUCACUUUGAUCUCAAGGAAGACUCGUCUUUUUGGAUGGAGCACAAUGUACAGGUUCUUAUACGUGUUCGUCCUCUCAAUAGCAUGGAGCGAAGUACACAUGGAUACAACAGGUGUUUGAAGCAAGAAAAUGCUCAGACAAUUACUUGGAUUGGGCAACCAGAAACUCGAUUCACAUUUGAUCAUGUAGCAUGUGAAACAGUUGACCAGGACAUGCUUUUCAGGAUGGCUGGUUUACCGAUGGUAGAGAAUUGCUUGUCGGGGUAUAACAGCUGUAUGUUUGCUUAUGGUCAGACAGGAAGUGGGAAGACCUAUACCAUGCUUGGGGAGAUUGACGAUUUAGAAGAUAAGCCCAGUCCACAUCGUGGAAUGACACCACGGAUUUUUGAGUUUUUAUUUGCAAGAAUUCAAGUGGAAGAGGAAACUCGGAAGGAUGAAAAACUAAAAUACAGUUGCAAGUGCUCUUUCCUAGAAAUUUACAAUGAACAAAUCACUGAUCUCCUUGAUCCCUCUUCAUCCAAUUUGCUUCUACGGGAAGAUGUGACGAAAGGUGUUUAUGUUGAAAAUCUCUCUGAAUUUGAAGUUCAUACCGUGAGUGAUAUUUUGAGGCUACUAAUCCAGGGAUCUUCAAAUAGGAGAGUUGCUGCAACAAAUAUGAACAGAGAAAGCAGUCGGUCACACAGCGUCUUUACUUGUGUAAUUGAGAGCAGAUGGGAAAAGGAUUCAACGACUAACUUCCGCUUUGCUAGAUUAAAUCUAGUUGAUUUGGCUGGUUCAGAAAGGCAGAAGACUUCCGGCGCUGAGGGUGAGCGGUUGAAGGAAGCAGCUAAUAUUAAUAAAUCACUAUCGACACUUGGUCAUGUCAUCAUGGUUCUAGUGGAUGUGGCACACGGGAAGAUAAAACAUAUACCUUAUAGAGACUCUAGGCUAACCUUCCUUUUACAGGAUUCACUCGGUGGUAAUUCAAAAACAAUGAUCAUUUCAAAUGUCAGCCCUUCUAUCGGAUGUGCAGCUGAAACGCUGAACACACUUAAAUUUGCUCAGCGAGCAAAACUUAUUCAAAACAAUGCUGUGGUGAAUGAAGAUUCUACAGGAGAUUGCAUUGCUCUACAACACCAAAUACGACUUCUAAAGGAGGAACUCUAUAUUCUUAAACGUCAUCAUGUCUCCCGGUCGUUGUCAUUUGGUUCCCCCAAUAUUGAAGACAGUCAAGUACAAAAUAUUGAUUGUGUUGGAAACAUAUGUGGCAUGGAUCUACAAUGUCAGGAUGCUUUUCUUGAUGAUGAAGCAAAAGGAACUGUGAGACUGUCCACCAAACAGUUAAAGUCUGUGGAAAAAACACUUGCUGGUGCCCUUCGCCGGGAGAAAAUGGCUGAAGCUACAAUCAAGCAACUUGAAGCUGAAAAAGAGCACUUGAACCGCUUGGUUUGUCAAAGAGAGGAUGACACCAGAUCCACUAAAAUGAUGCUUAGGUUUCGGGAAGACAAAAUUAAGAAGAUGGAGGCACUAAUUAAUGGUUCUAUUCCCGCUGAGGCAUAUUUAGUGGAUGAGAACAGAGCGCUCUCUGAAGAGAUUCAGCUACUUCAGGCUAAACUUGAUAAGAAUCCUGAAGUAACGCGGUUCGCAUAUGAGAAUAUAAGGCUUCUGCACCAACUUAGAAGGUUAGAAGAGUAUUAUGAGGAAGGAGAGAGAGAUUUACUGUUGGAUGACGUAUCGAAACUGCGAGAUCAGGUACUUAUAGAUUAUGAUGGUCAUUCGUUUCAGUUAAAAGACACCUGUAAAGAGUUAGAUGAAUGCAGACGCAGCUUAAAUGCUUGUUUGGAGGAUAAUGCAAAACUCAAUAGAGAAAUUGAUGAUCUGCACAAAAUGUUGAACACUCUCAGAUCUACACCUAUUGAUGAAGAUGGUGAUUUGGCUUCGAAGGUGCAUAAUGCUAUUCACAUCCAGGAGAUAGAAAGGGAACAUGCAGAAGAAAUUUUGAGUUUGCAGCUGGAAUUGGACAUAAUAAAUAUCAUUUUAAAAGAAGAGAGGACUUCUCAAGAUGAAAGAGUAUCUUUCUUCAAUAGAGAUCUGCAGCUAGCAAAUGAAGAACUCUCUCGAAAACGCAAACAACAUGAUGAUGCAAACAUCAAACUACAAGAGGCUAACUGCAUCAUUGCAGCUCUCGAGACUCAGCAAAUCAUGUCAAACAAUGGGAUGGAGGACUUGAGGAAAAGUAACAGUCGUUAUGUGCAGCUUUUGAGUAAACAGGAGCUUGAACUAAGGGCUCUAAAGGAGCAAUGUACUUCUAAGGAGUUUAAAGACGUAUCGUCUUUGAGCUGUUCAAACAAUCAUGACUCUCCACUACAGGGAAAAUUGAAGCGGAUGCAAGAUUCCCUUGAAAUGGCCAAGAGAAUGAAUAUGUGGUACCAAACUGAUCGUGCAUUUCAAGUGUCUAAUGAAGAAGAAGUGGAGGAAGUCCGCAGGCAGGCUGAGGCUGAAACUGCUGAGGUAAUUGUCUGUAUGCAGGAAGAACUUAGCAUUCUUCAACAGCAGGUCCAAGAUAGCCAAUUCAAAGAACUGGAAGUGAAUAAAAAUGUAUUGAUGCUGGAGAAUGAACUGAAAGUGGUGCAAGAGAAACUGCACAACUUGAAUGUAGAUAAUGAAAGGUUAAGUAAAGAGCUUGAGGAGAAAGAUGGAGAAAUAAGAACAUUAUCAGAAGAAUGGACAUUAUUGUCCAGUGAUAUUGAAGGAGUACUUUCUGGUGGAUAUGAAGUGCUAGUUGAUGCUUCUGAUGAGCUUGACUUAAUAUUCAACUCCUUUCCAGAGAAAAGAAUUUGGAUUUCUGAACAAGUUAGCAGGGUUGUACAGAUUGCCUUGGAGAAGGAGUCUUUGAUUGAAGAACUGAGAACAUGUUUAGAAGAUGCAAAUAAUAAGAGAAGUGAUGUUGAGUGCAUGCUCAAGUCUUUGAAAGGAGCAACACUAGCUAUUACUGAAGCACACCAGCAGGAGUAUUCUGAAAAAGAGAAAGAAUUGCUCCUUUUAACAACUCAGUUGAAAACAGAGACAUCUACAGUGGAGAAGCUGGGGAAUAGAGUGAAGUUGCUUGAAGAUCAGAUCAAGAAAACAUCAGUCUGUGCAACAGUUGCCUUUGUUGUUGUGAAUAGCUUAGCAGAAAGGAAUCGUAAUAAUCUUGAUGCAUUAGAGCGUAAUAGUAUACGGCUUAAUGAAUCAGAAGAGUUGAUCUCAAUGAAGGUCUCCCUUCUCAGUGAUCAGGCCACUGUGAUAGCAGAAGCUGAGAGUAGAAUUCAGUCUCUAAAUGAGGAGCUUUCUGAUUGCAAUAAAACUUGUGAAAAUCUAAGAAAGGAGCUUGUUGAGGAGCAGGAACGUGCUUGCACCAUUGAACAAAAGCUUGAAGAUAUUGAAGAAGAAAACAUUUUGAAGACAAAGGAGAAACUGGCUGAGCUACAAACUGGUGUAUCUACACUCAGGUCAUGCAUGGACCCACAUAUGGAGCAUCACAGAAGCUGUAAUAAGAAUCCACAAGUACUUUCUAUGAAUUCUGAAGGAGAAGAUGCUACCGGGACCGUGCAAGACCACAGCGGGAGUAAACAAUUUCUUGAAGACCAGAGUUCUAAUAUUUUUGGGAAGAUUAGAGAUGAGUGUGGUAGAGAUGUUACCAUUAUACUUCUGAAAAAGGAAAUUGAAGCUGCCCUUGAUAGCUUAAAACAGGUACAGGCUGAGAUGGACAACCUACAUGAAAAGAACAAAAUAAUGUGCAAGUCUGAGCAACAGAGUCGGGAUAGCAUGAAAGUUAUUGGUUUGCAGGUUCUUAAUCUGCAAUCAACUUUAAAUGAAGUAGAAUUGCAAUCCAAAGGAAAGUUGGAAGCUCUCAAUCUUAGACUGGAGGCAUUUGAACAUAUUGUGCAGGAAUCUAGGUCUCAUUGGUGCCAAAGAAAAGAAUUGAUUGAACUAGAAGUUGAUGAUGCCAAGUUAGAUGCAGCCCAGAAAUUUGCUGAGGUCGCUUGUAUUCUGGCUAAGUUUGAAGAGGCUCAAGAUACUAUGAAGGAAGCAGAUAUAAUGGUCAAUGAGCUGAUGAUAUGCAAUGAAAAUAUGAAGCUUGAAAUAGAAAUGCUGAAGAAUCUAGAAGCCUCAUUGAACAGUGAUAGGGAUGCGUUACUGAAUGAUGUCCAAAGGUUGCAGUCUAUCAAUGAUCUGAGCAAUCAGAAAUUGGAACACGUUGAAGAGAUGCGAGCUUCAGAUGUAAUGCAAAUGAAUGCUGUAAUUGUAGAGCUGGAGGACAUUCUUGCAGGAAUCCAGGCUGCUUACAAGGAAAACUUCAUGCUUUUAUCAUCUGAUCUCUGCAGCGUGAAGUCUUUGCUGGCAGAAUCCUCAAAGUUUGUUCGUUCAUUGCUUGAGGACAUCUGGUCUGACAUAAUUGUGAAGGAUUGUGCUGUGUCAGUGCUACACCUCUGUCACAUGGGAUUUUUUCUGGAAACAGUCACUGGGCUGAAUGUAGAGAAUGGUCUGCUUCAACAUGGACUGUGUGAGUCUAACUCUGUUGUGGCUGAUCUGAGGCAACACAAAGAUAAGUCAAAAAGAGAGCUUGAGAUGUGCCAGAUUCUGAAGGAGAAAUUGCUGGCUGACAUUAAGACCAGUUUUGAUCGCAUCAUUAGAAAAGAAGAGGAAGCUGGGAAGCUUAAUAUGAAGGUGACCUCUUUUGAGAAACAGAUAUCAGAACUACAGAUACAAGAGGAGUUAAUGUUGCAAGUGUCUAAUUGUAUGGGAUCCCAGCUUGAUAAUUUACUGAAGGAGUUGGACUUAAGUAACUCAAACAUUGGUGCAUUGCUCCUAGAUCAAGAGAAAUUGCUCAAAGAGAAAGACGAGGAACUCGAAUCUCAAGUUGAGUGUCUAAUGAUAGAAUGGUGUGCUAAAGACUUUGAGUCACUUGUCUUGGCAUCAGAAUUAGAAGAGAUGGCCACUCACAUAGCUGACAUGGGGAGAGAGAACAUAGCUUGUUCUGCAAGGCUGGAAGAUUUCAAGAAAGAAGUGGUUCUUUUGAAGGUUGAUUCAAAUUUAAAAGAACAGUUCUUAUUGGACAAAGAGGUUGAGGUUGCUUGUCUUCAAAAGAAAGCAGAAGAGGAGAGGGAGGGCCUGUUGUUACAGAUGGACAAGGCUUUUAAACAGGACAUUCAGUUGUUGAAUGAUGUUGCUCGUUUGAAUGAUGCUUUGAAAGGUGAACUUGGUGAAGUUAAGGAAACAGAGGUGAGGUUGUUGAACCAGGUCCAUGUACUUGAAGCUGAAUAUCAAAAAUUAAAAGAAGAUUUGAACAUCAAGGAAAGGAGUUUAGAACUAUUUUCCAGUCAGAUUUCUGCCCUUCAUCAAAAGAACCAAAGCUUGCAAGAUGAUAUUCACACAUUACACACCUCAUCACAUGGACUUCAAGAUGCAUUAAAGAAGAAAGAUGCUGAGCUGAGCAGAAUGAACUUUCUAGAGAUGGAAAAUGACUCGCUUAAAAUUGAGAUAAGGAAGUUUGAGACAGAAGGAGAUACACUUAUGCAAGAAAAUGUUCUCUUCCGAGAACAACUUAGGUGUCUCAAGAAAAGUAGGGAGGAAGUCCUCUCCAUGUGGAGUGUAACGGUCAAGAGUUGUGCUGAUUCUAUGGAAACAGCUGAUUCGCUUGGUGAAAGAUUGCGCAAUAUUAUAAAGGAAGAUGGUGCCAUGAUUUUGGAAAAAAUGUCUGAUGAAAUAUAUGAUACUGUAGACAGAGUUAUCGAGCAGUUUGAUUGCUUGGAGUGCCACACUGAGGAGUUGGUGUCUAAAAAUCUGUCCCUUCAGGCUGAAUUGCUGAGAAAGGAUGAAGUUCUUAAAGGUUUGUUAUUCGAUCUGAGCUUGUUGCAGGAAUCUGCAUCUAAAAAUAAAGAUCAUCAAGAUGAAAUUAAAGAAGUAGUAGCUUCUUUGGGAGCUUUAGAGGCUGAGCUUUCUGUAAAAUCGUGUGAGCUUGAUGAGGCCAAUUCUAAUAUCCAAAUGCUUGAAACACAAUUGCAGGAGAAGAACGACUUAAUCUCUCAUCUUGAGUUGGGUUUAUUGCAAGUGCAUGAGUCUCUGAAUGUACUGUCCAGUGAAAAUGGGGAGCUGAGAGCUCAUAUUGAAGGUGUCAUGGCAGCACAUAAUUCUGCUUUGAAAGAAUUGACAGAGAAGAAAAAGAUUAUAGAGAGCUUGAAAAUGGAAGUCCUGGAAAUGAGUAAUGCUCUUGGCCUAAUGAAUGAUUCCAAUGAAUCCUUAAGGAGCAAUCUGAAUGAACUUGCUAGAGAGAGGGAUCUUCUCCACAUUGAGAUGAUAAAUUUGAAAGAGUUCCUGGAAAGAGAACAGGCACGGGCUGAUGAAUUUGAAGUGAUUGCAAAUGAAACUCAACAGAUAGCGGAGUUAAGAAAGAACUAUGCUGACGACAAAGAGGCUGAGGUAAAGCUCUUGGAGCAGUCUAUAGAGGAGCUCGAACGUACUGUCAAUGUGCUAGAAAAUAAGGUCGAUAUUGUUAAGGAGGAGGCUGAACGACAAAGGUUACAUGGAGAAGAACUUGAAUCUGAACUUCAAGCCGUAAAACAUCAGAUGCUGAAUGUUGAAAAUGCUAAUGCUGACAUGAGCAGACAUUUAGACGAGAAGGAGAAAAGCAUUCAAGAAGUCCAGUGGAACAUACGAAUUCUCGAGAGGGAUAUAACACAGAAGGAUGCAGAGAUUGCCCAAUAUAAAGCGCAUAUCUCUGAGUUAAAUUUGCACGCUGAAGCACAGGCUUGUGAAUAUAAGCAAAAGUUCAAGGCAUUGGAAUCCAUGGCUGAACAAGUCAGACCUGAAGGCCAUUCCACUCAUGCCACAAGUUCUGCACCAAACAAAACGGAGAAAUAUGCCACAAAGUCUAGAGGCUCUGGUUCCCCAUUUAAAUGCAUCGGAUUGGGCAUGGCACAACAAAUAAAAUCUGAGAAGGAUGAGGAACUUAUGGCUGCAAGGACCCGCAUUGAAGAGCUUGAAUCCUUAGCAUUAUGUCGACAGAAAGAGAUAUUUAAUUUGAAUUCCAAAUUAGCUUCUGCUGAUAGCAUGACCCACGAUGUACUUCGGGAUUUACUGGGAGUCAAGUUGGAUAUGACCUCCUACGCGUCACUAUUGGAUAAUCAACAAGUGCAAAAGAUCACAGAGAAGGCCCGACUUCAUAGUUUUGAAUCUAAGGAAAAGGAGCAGGAGGUAGUUAAGCUGAAAAAACAGCUUAAUGAAUUCAUUGAGGAACGAAGAGGAUGGCUAGAGGAAAUUGAACGAAAGCAGGCUGAAACCAUAGCUGCGCAAAUUGCUUUGGAAAAACUUCGGCAGCGAGAUCAGUUACACAGAACUGAAAAUGAGGUGCUCAAGAUGGAGAACGCAAAUCAUAAAAAGAAGGUGAUGGAACUUGAAGGAGAAGUAGAUAAACUGUCUGGGCAGCAAAACAUCCAACAAAGGAUCCAUCAUCAUGCAAAAAUCAAGGAAGAAAAUCACAUGCUAAAAACUCACAAUGAAGAACUUAGCACUAAGCUUCGACGGACAGAGGUUCUUCUAUCACGUUGCAAGGAAAAGCUUGCUCGCUAUCGUGCUUCUGUUGGGAGAAGCCCUUAUGUUGAUUUUGAUGAGGAGCAACGACUGAGUAACAAAGUGAAGGAAAUCGAGGAAGAGAAGCUGCAGCUAGCACAGAAAUUAUUAGGCCUGUGUACAAGUGUUCUGAAGGCUGCUGGAAUAACAAAACCAAUACCCAAUAUAAAUCCUUCCAUUGCUGAAGAGGCACUCGAUCAACUCAAGACCAAAGUUACGUCAUUGGAUAGAGAAUUGCAAGAUCUAAAGGUUAAGAAUAAGAUAACCAGUGAAAGACUUAGAUUGUCAGAGCUCAUGCCACAAGCUUCGCCAAAAAGCUCAAAACCAGAUGAGAAUUGCCAGACUCCUAGAAGAAUGUCCCAAGCUCCAUAUUUAUCUGCUCUAGAUCGAUGA